AUGUGCAGUAAUGAAUGUGACUCUAAUCAGUUCAAAGUCAUUAAGAGCAAGAGAACUUGCUCUAAAUAUUCUACAGAUCCUCUUCCUCAAACUCUUGAUGGACGUGGAAUGAUUUAUUUGUCAGAUAAAACAGCAGUGCUUCAUCGUUCUGGUGACACAAGCCUACCUGAUCCUUCUUGGGAAUACAGAAGCUUGGAAACAGACUCUGGUUCUUUUCAUGCUUGCCAUAUGCCUGCUUCAAAACCUUUAGCCUCUACGGAGCACACCUCUAGUACUUACAACACUUUUCUCUCUCUCAGAAAAUAUUGUAACAAAAUGCUCCACAUUUAUGAGCAGAUUCCAAACCAGCAGUUGGAUGAAAGUACUACAAAUGCUAGUCAAAGUUAUUCACUAGAGUCACAUUUGGGAACAAAAUACAGUUAUGGCCUGGGACAUGUCUUCAGCAAAUUUUGCAGUAUUUACAGUGAUACCAGUCGUCAUGUGUUUCAGAGUAGCUGGUUUUCUAAACUAGUCAGUCUUUGUGACGAAAAUGAGAAGUAUUCACAAGCAGUAUCAUGUAUUAAGAGCUUCCCAUUUGUUAAAAAAAAUGCAGUUAAAUCUGUUUUUAGGUAUGAAGGUGAAUGACUCUCCUGAUGCUUU